GUUAUUUUUUGCAAACCGAAAAUCAACAAAAAUUUUCUUCAGUCAUUUUCAAUUAAUCGAAAUAAAUCUAAUACACACUUUAGUCAGAACUGGUUGUGCCAUUUGCAAAUAGUCGUAAAACCUUUUCGAAUCGUAAAGGGUUUAAGUUCAUACGCUGAAUAAAACAGGCCAAAUUCAAUUUCUUUUCAAGUCACACUCACAGCAACUGCAGUAUCAUUAAAAUUUUGGUGUGUCCGACCAAAAUAUAAAUACAUUGACACAUUUUUUUCAUAUAAAUACAGUCCAAAAACAAAUAAAAAACACAAAAUGUCAACCGUUGAUAAAGAUGAAUUGGUUCAAAAGGCAAAACUUGCCGAACAGUCAGAACGAUAUGAUGACAUGGCGCAAGCAAUGAAAUCUGUUACAGAAACCGGCGUAGAAUUAUCAAAUGAAGAACGAAACCUUCUCUCAGUUGCUUACAAAAACGUCGUUGGAGCCCGCCGAUCAUCUUGGAGAGUGAUUUCGUCAAUCGAACAAAAGACCGAAGCCUCCGCCAGAAAGCAACAGCUCGCUCGAGAAUACAGAGAGCGCGUUGAAAAGGAACUUAGAGAAAUUUGUUAUGAAGUAUUGGGUCUUUUGGACAAAUAUUUGAUUCCAAAAGCUAGUAAUCCAGAAAGUAAGGUCUUCUACCUUAAAAUGAAGGGCGAUUACUACAGGUAUUUGGCUGAAGUUGCCACAGGGGAAACACGAAACACGGUUGUCGACGAUUCUCAAGCCGCAUACCAGGAUGCCUUUGAAAUUAGCAAAGGCAAAAUGCAGCCAACGCAUCCCAUUCGAUUGGGUCUUGCACUUAACUUUUCAGUCUUCUAUUAUGAGAUUUUGAACUCACCCGAUAAGGCCUGUCAAUUGGCUAAACAGGCUUUCGACGAUGCGAUAGCUGAAUUGGACACGCUGAAUGAAGACUCAUACAAGGAUUCAACACUCAUCAUGCAAUUGUUGAGAGACAAUUUAACACUGUGGACGUCGGACACACAAGGAGACGGUGAUGAGCCUCAAGAAGGCGGCGAAAACUAACAAAAUCAACCAAACAAAAAUAAUUAAAUAAAAAAAAGGUUUAAAUAUCACA